CAUGCCUUCCUACACCGUGACCGUGGCCACCGGCAGCCAGUGGUUCGCCGGCACGGACGACUACAUCUACCUGACCCUCGUGGGCUCGGUGCGCUGUAGCGAGAAGCACCUGCUGGACAAGCCGUUCUACAAUGACUUCGAGAGGGGAGCGGUAGAUUCUUAUGAUGUGACUGUGGAUGAAGAACUUGGAGAGAUCCUUCUGAUAAAAAUUGAAAAACGAAAGUAUUGGCUCCAUGAUGACUGGUAUCUUAAGUAUAUCACUUUGAAAACUCCCUAUGGAGAAUACAUUGAGUUCCCCUGCUACCGCUGGUUCACUGGAGAGGGUGAAAUUAUCCUCAGAGACGGGAGAGCAAAGCUGGCUCGGGAUGACCAAAUUCACAUCCUCAAGCAGCACAGACGUAAAGAACUGGAAACUCGGCAGAAACUCUAUCGGUGGAUGGAGUGGAACCCUGGAUUCCCCUUAAGCAUCGAUGCCAAAUGUCACAGUGAUUUGCCACGUGACAUCCAAUUUGAUAGUGAGAAAGGAGUGGACUUUGUUCUGAACUACUCCAAAGCGAUGGAGAAUCUCUUUGUGAAUCGCUUCAUGCACAUGUUCCAGUCUUCCUGGAGUGACUUCGCAGACUUUGAGAAGAUCUUUGUCAAGAUCAGUAACACCAUUUCUGAAUAUGUCAUGAAGCACUGGCAGGAGGAUUUCAUGUUUGGCUACCAGUUUCUGAAUGGAUGCAACCCAGUCAUGAUCGAGAGAUGCACCAAGAUCCCAGAGAAAUUCCCAGUCACCACAGAGAUGGUGGAGUGCAGCCUGGAGCGGCAGCUGACCUUGGAAGAGGAGAUGCAGCAAGGGAACAUCUUCCUAGUGGACUAUGAAAUUCUGGAUGGCAUCGAUGCCAACAAAACUGACCCAUGCACCCUGCAGUACUUGGCAGCCCCCAUCUGUCUGCUGUACAAGAACCUAGAGAAUAAAAUCGUCCCCAUUGCCAUCCAGAUUAAUCAAACUCCAGGAGAUGAUAAUCCCAUUUUCCUCCCUUGUGAUGCAAAGUAUGACUGGCUUCUGGCCAAAAUCUGGGUUCGAUCUUCUGACUUCCACGUCCACCAGACCAUCACCCACCUCCUACGAACACAUCUCAUGUCCGAGGUGUUUGGCAUUGCCAUGUUCCGGCAGCUUCCAGCCGUGCACCCCAUUUUCAAGCUCCUGGUGGCUCAUGUGCGCUACACCAUUGCCAUCAACACGAAAGCCAGAGAACAGCUCAUCUGUGAGUGUGGUCUCUUUGAUAAGGCCAAUGCCACUGGGGGUGGAGGACACGUGCAGAUGGUGCAGCGGGCCAUGAAGACUCUGACUUACGAAUCCCUGCUCUUCCCUGAGUAUAUCAAGGCCAAAGGCAUGGAUAGCAAAGAAGAUAUUCCAUAUUACUUCUACCGGGAUGAUGGCCUCAAGGUCUGGGAAGCCAUACAGAGUUUCACAAUGGACAUCGUGGAGAUCUACUAUGAGAACGAUGAGGUGGUGCUAGAGGACACGGAGCUCCAAGACUUUGUGAAUGAUGUUUAUGUCUAUGGCAUGAGGGGCAAGAAGGCUUCAGGAUUCCCCAAAUCCAUCAAGACCAGGGAAAAACUGGCAGAGUAUCUAACAGUGGUGAUCUUUACUGCUUCUGCUCAGCACGCUGCAGUGAAUUUUGGCCAGUAUGACUGGUGUUCCUGGAUUCCUAAUGCGCCGCCAACCAUGCGGGCGCCUCCCCCGACCGAAAAGGGCGUGGUCACCAUUGAGCAGAUAGUGGAAACUCUGCCAGACCGGGGGCGCUCCUGUUGGCAUCUGGGAGCUGUCUGGGCACUGAGCCAGUUCCAGGAAAAUGAGCUGUUCCUGGGCAUGUACCCAGAGGAGCAUUUCAUCGAGAAGCCAGUCAAGGAGGCCAUGGUCCGGUUCCGUAAGAACCUCGACGUCAUCGUCAGCGGCAUCUCGGAGCGGAACAAGAAUAAGAAGCUGCCCUAUUACUACCUGUCCCCAGACAGGAUCCCCAAUAGUGUGGCCAUAUGACCCAGCCUCCAGCCCCAGCUUUGGGGUCACUGCAUCAGAGGGAGGGCCCUGGUCUCCUCUGGGGUCAGCAGGGAUGGGGUAGGGCAGCUUCUGUGAUGUGUCUACACCUGAGUGCUCCUCUCUUUAGAAAGAACCUCUCCAGACCUCAUCCAGGCCAAGUAGCUUAUUCUGCACAGCCCCCAUUGUGGCUGACAAGGGCCUUCCCUUGGGGGGCCUUUGUGGCCCAGCAAAGUAUAGAGAUUGUGACCCUCCCUCUCAGUUCCCAUCAUGUGCCACUCUUCGCCAAGGCAUUUGUACCUUCCCUGUAUGUAGCCCCAUGAAAUCCGAGUGAUCACAAAAUAAACUCCUGCUUGCCGUGGAAAAUGGAAUUUUCUGGCACCGAAAAGAUAGGCCUUUAUGGAAAUAAUGAAAAUCCCUCUAGCCCCACCCUGCGUGCUGCACACUGGACAGCUGCCUGGUUACCCAGGCCUGGCUCUGCUUCCAGGACUUCUGGUAACUGAGCCCCUUUGAAUGAGGUCCAGGAUCAAUUGGCACAAGCCCGUGGUGAGUCAUGUCGUGACGGUGUUCAGUCAUUUACCCAAAAUGUCAAGUUUAAUCGAAUCACCUGGUGACCCAUGGUUCUGUUUAGAACUCCUGGCUGACGUCUGGCUGUGUGGCCUUCUCACUGCCCCCACCCGCCAUCCCCCCAGUGAUCAGCAGGGAACUGGCAGGAAUGGUAAACAAUCCCUUUCAGAAUGAGCAGCAGCAAAGCUAGGACCCAAGCAGGUGGGCUUUAGAAUGUAGAACGGUUCCUUACAGGGGUUUUCUCUUGUAUUUGAUCAAAGUAAAAGAUCCCUACGUUUC